GACAGUGCGCUGGCUGGCGUCCCACGGCAAUGGUGUCUGGUUUACCUGGAUGAUCUUCUAGUACACGGGAGCUCCUUUGAUGCUGCCCUGGAUGCCCUGAGACAAGUGUUGGGGAGGCCUGAAGCUGCACCCCGACAAGUGCCACUUCAUGAGGAGGGAGGUGGAGUUUCUGGGCCACAAGCUGGGUCAUGAGGGCAUCAGCACUUUGGAGGAAAAAAUUCACACCAUUACUGAGUGGCCCACACCAGCGGACCAGAAACAGCUCAAAAGCUUCCUAGGACUGACGUCUUAUUACAGGAGGUUUGUGAAGGGCUUUUCCUCCAUAGCUGCACCACUCUUCCGCCUGCUGCAGAAGGACCGUGACUUCAUCUGGACCCAGGACUGUCAGCAGGCAUUCAACACCCUCCGCAGAUUGCUGACAGAGUCCCCAGUCCUCGUCCCCCCUGACCCCCAUGUGCUGCAGCUGGCUGCCGUUACUGUGAGAAGCGAGAGGAGAUAGAGCGGGAACUCACAACAAUAGACGGAGCAACGCAGCUCGCCUGCAGGGCUCUUCUGGUGCUGGAUGCAGCGGAGUGGAGGGCACGGCAGGAACAAGACACUGACCUGCUGCCAGUCCUGCAGUGGCUGGAGAGGGAGGAGCAACCCCUUUGGGAUGAGGUCACUGGGUUUUCCAUCUGUACCAGGGGGCUGUGGGCCAAGUUUGCAGCUCUCAGGCUGAAGGAGAGGGUGUUGGAGCGUGCCUGGAAGGAUCCUGCCACAGGGGAGGAGAGGUGGCAGGUUGUGGUGCCAAGGUUGCUGAGGUUCAGCUGUGCUGGAAGCCUGCCAUGGGAGCACUGGCUCUGGCCACUUUGGGGUCUCCAAGACCCUCC